AUGAUCGAUAUAGGAGCUCCAUGGGCGUGGGCGGGCAGUCCGAGUGGAACGAAGGGCGGCGUCCACAAAGCCAAGAACUGUGACGCCAAGUACCUGCAGGAGUGCAUGGACCUUCUGCAGACUAUCAAUAAGGACCAUAAUCUGGCAUUCGCCUCCACGGAGCAAGAACUCAAUACGAUGUGCAAGACGAUGCGGUCUGGCCUCGAGUGCGUGCAUCGCCAUGUCACCAAGUGCUUCGACGAGACUCGACAGCGGGUCAUCUACCAGCUGUUAUCGGGCACGGAGAGCAUCAUCGACAGCUUGUGUAAUAAGGGAUCUUUUCGAGAUAGGUACCAGAUCCACGCCCCCUGCAUGAAGAACCUCAGCACGGACGCCAACGUGUGCGGCGAGCAGUACAAGCGCCUUAUCCUCUCCGUCAACCCGCCGGAGAAGCUCGACUACGAAGACUCCAUACGCCAGCAGUGUUGCGCCUUCCACAACUACCUGCUGUGUGUGACGUCAGCAGCAGAACGGGAGUGUGGAACGCAAGCCGCCAAUUUUAUCGAGGAGUACUCCUACCGCACGGCCGGACGCGGUGCAAAGUCUACGUCCCGGGGAGCCUCGAGUGCACCCACAGCACGGCGGCACUCAGCAGGGGCGCCUCCUUCCUCGGCCUCUCGCUCCUGCUGGCUGUGCCUCUCCUGCUGCCUCGGUUGCUCUAGGUUCACGGUGGGAUCGCCGGCCGUGAUGUGA